UUGAGAGCUUCCAAGGAGAGGUCUGAAGUUCAAGGUCAUCCGGGACCUCGAAGCAACAGCUGGAUCGAUAGAGGCAGCCCAUCUCCAUGGCGACCUGCAGCCAUGACCUGGGGGGGGGCGCGGUGGUGGGGGGAAGGGGGGGAGGUGGGCAAGGCGAGGCGGAGGUUGCAUCGAGCGUCCGGGCUGCACACAGCAGUUAUUUCGGUGCAAGCCACAGUCGCUCGUCGCAGCUUCGAUAGCGCGCGCGGUUUGCCAAUGCAAUAA